GUUUCAAUUCAGUAAGAUGUUUGUUCUCCUUUGCAAACUACUGAAGUACUGGAGAAAGUCUUUAUUGUCCGGGGUAGAAACUAAAUAGCAGUGAAGUGCAGUAUGGUAAGACUGGCUCUGUUGACUCUAGCCUUCUGUUGAAGAUUGUAUUGAUGGCAAAUAUUGCUGGACAAAUAUACCCUGUACUGACCACAAGUGGAGCCGGUCAGUAUUGGACACUGCGGCUUUUUGCUUGUGUAUUGCUUUUGUGGAGAAGGGUCAGGAGGGAUUUUCCGGUACGACACUGUGUUUAUACAGUAACUGUUGUAACCUGGUGCUUAAAGAACAUCUGUCUCUCUACCGAUGGAAGUGUUCAGAAGAUAACAUGGGUUAGGUUAGAGUUGAAGGAAGUCGCCAAGAUGAGUAGUUUUGAGCAGGCCAUGACGGCCAACGCUAUUUCCGCCGGGAAAGGCGAUCCGCCGGAAACUGAUCUCGAUUACUAUUCCAAACCGGAAAAUUACACCGGAAGUAGUUUGCAGACUAUGCAAAAAUUUAAGUUUGCAAAGGACAAACAGGAUAAAGAAAAUGAAGACAAGAACAGGAAAAAGGAAAAGAAACAACAAGGCUUCAGUCUUCUUGCAAGGUACAAACAUAUCCUGAAAGGCAUUUUCGAUGAUGGCGACGAUGAAUCAUCAUCAGAUGAGGAAGACGAAGAUGAGAGUAAGAGAAACGACGAUGGGCUAUCAACAAUGAAGGAUUGUAUUAUCAUGACACCUAAGUUGGAAGGUAUAUCAGAGGAUGCGGAGAAUGAAAUAUCCGCUAAACCGGGCGAGUCUUCACAAGAGGAGGAUGUACUGCCUCCUGAAACUGAGUUACAAGUCGUGGACGAAAAACAGGAGGACGUAAGUGCUAGUCAACAGGACAAUGUAAAGACAGAGUCCCUCACUCCCGAUGGUAUGACCCCCAAGGGUUUGGAAUCUACCUCUGCUAUGGAUGGUGCCUCAUCCAGGUCCGGAAUGGAUCUUUGUGACUCGCCCACCGGGAGCUCCUACUCCAUUAACUCAUCCAAGAGAAAGAGCACGAUGAGUCACGGUCGAGGGAAUUACAUGAUCAAGACAAAACUUGAAAAAGAAGUCCGCGCCAAAAUUGCAAAGGAUCGUUUCCAGAAAGCAUGCAGAUUUGUUCAGAUAGUUUUAAAAAUUUCCGCAGCAGCUGGCAAGGAGCCUUCUGUGGACACAGGUAUGAAGACAUUUACAGAUCUGGCCAGCGAGGCAGAAAGUACAGCACACUCGUCAGGCUUGUCGUUUGACCCUUCAUAUUUCAAAGCCAAAAAGGAGAUUAACAUCAGUACGGAGGUGAAGACCAUACUUAGUCUACCGUCCGAGGAGAGAACUCCGGACCAGAUACAAACGGCGAUGUUCGGGCUACAGAGUCUGCGAUCCUUUGCUGAGUAUCCUCUUCACAUGCAAGAGAAGCUUGCCAAGGUGGCUUGGUUUGAAGUUGUACCUGCGAAGCGGAUUAUCAUUCGACAAGGACACUUUGCCGAAAACUUUUAUUUCAUUUUGGCUGGUCAAGCUGUUGUAACGCUUUUGUUACGAAAUCCGAAAACCGGUGCUUCCUUCGUCAAGACGGCUACCAUAAUGAGGAGGGGUAUGAGUUUCGGGGAAUUAGCUCUGCUGCAUCACUCCCGCCGCACAGCCACCGUCACAAGUCAAGGAGGUUGUCAGCUCCUGACCAUUGGUCGACAGGACUUCUUCGACAUCUUCAUGAGUGGACAAGGCAACCAAAUUCCAGAACAUAUACGAUUCGUUAGUCAGUGCGAAUUCAUGAAGGACUGGCCUAUAGAUAACCUACUGGAACAUCCCCAAUUUUGCCUGCUUCACUUUUUCAAACGUAAUGUGGUGGUGGUAAAGGACAGUAAUUUCUCGGAGUGGGUGUAUGUCGUCAAAGCCGGAUCGUGUCAGGUGUUGCGGGAACUAAAGGGCGUCAAGGCUAGAAUAAAGUACAAGGCAGCUAUCAGUGAUAAGGAUUCUAAACUACCAACACUCGGCACCAAGGAAGCUAAACCAAAAAUUGACACCGGUAUUAGAAAGCGAAAGGUCAAGUCUGAGGGUGAGGUAGAGCUAUACAUACAGGACCAGGAGAAUAAGAAGCCGAAGGAGAACACGCCCCCGGGGUCACAGGGAAGUACCAGGCAGAAAGAGAUCUUCUCCAAGGAUAACUAUUCUAAGUUCCCUACGACUCUAAAAGCUCAUUUUUCUAGAGCCGCCCCAGAGCCGUUGGAGACAAAGAAGAAAUACGAGGUUCCCAAGCGGUGUCAACCUCCCAAGCCACCGGAACCGAUCAAGGAAACCAACGGCAAACCACCUCCGGUGUUCGUGCAAGUGGAGGCAUUAAAACCCAGGGACUCGUUUGGCUUGGAAACUAUAACGUUUCCUGACGAAGCUGAACGUGAGAACACCAGUGUUAGUCUGGUGAGUAGGGGAGCCGAAUUGAUCAUGGUUUCCAAAGCUUUCUUUAUCAAGCAUGCAACCCCAACAGUCAAAAGGCUGAUACGUCAUCAGGUUCAACCGUAUCCAGAUGAGAACACGUUUCAGAACAAUCUCCAAAUAAAAGCCGAUUGGGAGUUGUACAAGAACCAACUCAUCGAAGAUCUAACAUCAGAGAUAUAGCGUACCAAACGGGUUUUAAUUGAUAAUCAGCGCUAUUAGUGGUAUCAAACGUGUCUUUAUUGUGGUAAACAGCAACGAAAACAGCGACCAUGUUGCGACAGUGACUGUAGGUUGUAUUGAAUGUGAUCACCUAUGAACUCUACCAGGUUUAACAUGAGUGUCUUCCCGCUAACAUUACUGAGUAAUUUGGUGUGUCUGGUCGUCUAAAUGAUAUACUUCGUCCUUCUCUUUUACUACUGCCAUUGUGAUAUCAUCAAGAGAGAUUGCUUUGUCAUUCUAUAUUUUAUACAUCAUCCGUCCCUAUUUUAUACAGAUCUCAAUGACAUUGAUUAAACUCGCUAACAAAAUAGAAUAUCAUAUUAUUUGUUUUUUAAGACGCCCAAACGAAGUGGAGGACUUAUUGGUUUUACUGCACGUUUUAUAAGAAACGGUUUGUCGGAUUCUAAUGACACUUCACAGGAGUAUUGGGGCGUGUGCCUAGAUGUACAAGACACUUUUUUUCGCAAUUGCGCAUCUCAAAUGGCUGCCGUAUACUGGGUUCUGAUUGGUCAGAUAUUGUUUGAUUUCAUUCAAAUUUGGUAUGUUGGGCUAUUUUGGCACUGCGUAAAUAAAUGCGGGGGUUUGUGGGACUUCUGCAAUGAUCCUUCAUUACAAUUAGUACUUGUUUUCUAUUAUUAUCAUCA